AUUAUGUUUAAGAGACUGGGGAAACGGUGCCCGGGUAAAGAGGGUGGGCGACGGGGACCAGCGCGAGGCUCAACGCCAACCCGCGGGUCGCCCGAGCUCAGGUGAUCCGAAAUAUGAAAAGGCGACGAAGGUGUUUGUAAAGCCGGGCGUUUUGCGUUUUAAAAUCCAGUCUGGAGCGUUUCCAGCUGAGUCGGUUCGGUGGGCGGCUCUCCGCGGACGACAGGGCUCCCGUCAGAAACCACCCCAGAGCUUCUUUCCCCUUGUCUGACAGGCCUAUUCACAAAUGGACCAGUGCUGAUAUGUCAGCCAUUCACCAGAGCUGUUUGCUAAAGCAGCUGGACCAGCAACGACAGCAGGAAUUGUUCUGUGACUGCAACGUGCUGGUGGAGGGUCAGAUUUUCAGUGCACACCGUAAUGUCCUGUACGGCAGCAGUGGAUAUUUCAGGAUGUUGCUGUCUCAAGGAGCUAAAGACACUCUAGAGUCUGUAAAUGCUUCUUUUGAUGUCUUCAGCCCUGAGAUCUUUGCCAUCAUCCUGGACUUCAUUUACUCUGGUCAGCUGGAGCUCAACAGCUCUAAUGUAAUAGAAGUGAUGUCAGCCGCCAGCUACCUGCAGAUGAAUGACGUCAUUUCCUACUGCAAGGCCUUCAUUAAAUCUUUCCUUGAGAUCAGCACAAAAGAGGACGAUGAGAGUCGGUAUCUGUGUCUGUCAGACAGCAGUCCACUUCAGGACAGGCGUGAGAACGUCAUCGAGCCGUCCAACAUGUGUGACGUAAGCAUGAGCUCUCAGACCAGACUCUGGGAUCAGCCAGAGGAGGAUCAGACGCAGGAGGACUUCAGAGGAACAAGCCCACAGCCGUCAGGCCUUCAGCAGAACUCUCCUCCACAGUCCAGUCUGGAGGCACACAUGGAUGAGGAGCAGUUCAGCUCGGUGCUCCCCGAACGCAGAAGAAGAGGAAGCAGGAAAAGAACUGCCACCAGUCGCUUGGUAACAGAAGACACUUCUCUCAUUGACCUGCAGGGGGUGGUAUCACACUGCUCUCAGAUAGCAGACGAACUGUACGCCAAUAUUCCGUCUAUUGUUGGGGUUGCUGGGGUGUUUAAUAAAGAUUCCACUCCCUCUAUGCGUUACAAAUGUCCAUUCUGCACGCACACAGUAAAGAGAAAGGCUGACUUGAAGCGUCAUCUCCGCUGUCACACAGGGGAGCGUCCUUAUCCCUGUCAGGCCUGCAGCAAACGUUUCACUCGCCUGGAACACCUGCGCAGCCAUUUUGAGACGGUGAGAAACACACUCAGCUUCACACAGGUCUGGUCCAUUAACACCCCCACAGGCUGUAUAUCCACAUGCUACUGCUGUUCAUUAAUUCAUACCUUGUACUGUGUGUGAUCACAUUAAGUCAUGACUCAUGACUGAAUUAAGUUAAGUGUAAUGGAUGUAAUUAAACA